AUGUCUAAGAACAGCAGCAGUACUAAUAGCAAUAGUAAUAGUAACAACAAUAGUCGUAGUGCCGCUGCUGCGGACUCUGGGAGUCGAACUGCAUUCGGCACAGCCACCAAACUCGGUGUGCAGUACUCCAAUGAGGAUGAGCGCAGCAUCUACCAGAAGGUGGCAACGAUUAACGGCUACACAUUUGAAGUCCCACCGGUAAAUCGUUUUCAUAGUAAAAGUGCGGAAUCUAAAUUUGUGCAACUUACAGGAUCUCUUAAUCCGCGUUUUGAGGCUGAACGAUUUGAUAAUCUUCGUGAACGUCUGCAAGUGGCAGAUAAGAAAGGGAAAGACAGUCAUCUGCAAGCCAUUGCGGUUUUGUAUGCUGAAUUUCUUGGAAAUCAUUUUUUAAAGUCAAAAGAUGUGGACUAUGCGGAAAUAGAACGUUGUUUUUAUCCAUCCUAUUUACCAACAUAUGAAAAUGCUUUAAAGGCUGUUGGACUAAAGAAACCGCUAUGGUGGAGACAAGGUCUCUUUGCAUCUUUAGAAGAUAUUUCAAGACUUCCAUUAUCUCGCUGUAAUACAAGUAAAGAGGCGGCGAUGAGUUUUGAAGAAUGGUAUUGUCUUUUCUGGAACUAUUAUACCCCUUUUAAUGCGUUGGCAUAUCUUUUAAUGGUGACCGCACAAUCUACACUUCCAAAUAAGGAGUUAAUUGAAAGCACAGCGGAUUAUAUUGCCUACCGUCAUGCACUUAUUGAGGAUCCACGUGCGAAAAAGGCUCCUAUUUUGUUUUUAGGUUCUCGUACAGGAAAAUUUGGAGCCCUAUUAAACAAAACUGGAAAAAUUCCCGUACCUAUUAUUCACGUUCAUGAACAACCUAAUACAAAUCCCUAUCUUCUUGUCAUUCCUCCUCAUAAACAAGAUGAGUUUAAACCUCAUCCUAUUUUAAAAAUGAAAGAUCAAGUAGCAUUAGAAAAAUACGAACCUGCUAUUGUAUUAAUGUCUGAUAUGAUUACAAACAAGGAUCCCACGGCAUUAGUGAGACGAAUGGGAUCUGUUCGUGAAUAUAUGUACUUUGGUACUCCAGACAGUUAUAUUGAGGGACAUGCAUGGGAUACAUGGGGACACUUUAAAUAUCGUGAAAAGGGAACAGAUCACAUUCCACCAUUUUUGAGAGAAAAUUGGAUUAAAAUUCCUCUUCCACAUCUUUCACGAUGGAUGAUUUACAAAACAGAUAGUAUUAUGCAAAUGGGAAAUGGUGCUGUCACAACGUGGAUGCGGCGUCCACUACAACCGACUGCGAAGGCGAAGUUUAGUUGGCGGCUCGCACGAUUUAAACCCUUCUUUUGA